AUGAACCCAUCCGCGGCAUUUCCCAAGGCCGCGGCCCUGCCCGCGCGCCUGCUUCGGGCUCAACCCCAAUGCUCAACGCAGACAAGCCGCCCAACUGCGUGUACGGUGUCUCACACAAGAGCUUACCAUGCGGGGGCCUCUGCCGCUCCCGCUAGACGGCUGCGUGACGGUUCUUGCAAGAAAAAGGCCUCAUAUGUACUCCUGGCCCGGCCCUUCCACUCGACCGCAUCGCUCGCAAUUGCCGAUCCUUACAAAGUCCUCGGAGUAGACAAAGGCGCAUCUGCCGGUGACAUCAAGAAGGCAUACUACGGCCUGGCCAAGAAAUACCACCCGGAUACCAACAAGGAUGCCAACGCCAAAGAUAAAUUUGCCGAGGCUCAAUCUUCUUAUGAAUUGUUGUCCGAUGCCAAGAAGCGCGAGCAAUACGAUCAAUAUGGUUCGGCCGCUUUUGACCAGAAUGGCGGUUUCAACCCGCAUGCCGGAGGCAACCCAUUCGCCGGCGCCGGAGGUUUCCACGGAUUUGGUGGAGGUUUUGGUGGUGGUGGCUUCGGAGGAGGCGGCUUCUCAGGCGACAUCAACUUCGAGGAUCUUUUCGGUGCUUUCACCGGUGGUGCUCGUCGAGGCGGUCGACGUAACCCAUUCCAAGAGCAGAUCCUUGUUGGAGAGGAUAUCGAGGUUCAAAGCAACAUCAGCUUCAUGGAGUCCGCCAAGGGUAUUUCGCAAGACAUUGUCAUUACACCUUUGACAGAGUGUGGAACUUGUAAAGGUGAUGGGCUGAAGUCUGGCGCCAAACGAUCUAAGUGUAAGUCUUGCAACGGCUCUGGAACUCGUGUGCACUUCAUGCAGGGAGGUUUCCAGGUCGCUGCAACUUGUGAUGCUUGUGGUGGUGCAGGCAUGUCUGUACCCCGUGGAUCGGAGUGCGGUGGCUGUCACGGAAGCGGUGUCACCAGAGAACGCAAGACCUUGAAGGUCGACAUUCCAGGCGGUGUGGAAGACGGUAUGCGGAUGAGAGUCUCUGGUGAGGGUGAUGCGCCUGCCACUGGAACGGCGGCUGCUCCUGGUGCCCGCACCCAGCGUGGUGAUCUUUAUCUCACGAUCCGCGUUGCUCCUGAUCAGCGCUUCACUCGCAAUGGAUCAGAUAUUCUACACACUGCUUCGAUCCCGCUUACAACUGCUUUGCUUGGUGGUGAGGUUACCAUUCCCACUCUUGAAAAGGACGUCAAGGUCAAGGUGGCUACUGGUACUGGUACCGGUGACCGGAUCACUCUGUCCGGUAUGGGCAUGAAGAAACUGGGAGGAGGUCGCUCUUCGCGAUUUAGUCCGACAGGUGAUCUGAAGGUUGAAUUCAAGGUUGCCAUGCCAAAGUACUUGACUGGCAAUCAACGAACAAUCCUGGAGGUUCUUGCUGACGAGAUGAACGACAAAACGGCUCGACGGACUAUGAACUUUAGCAAGGAUAGCCCUCCAACUGAUACCGCCAGUGACAAGAAGGAUGAAGGAUUUUUGAAGUCUGUGUGGCAUAAACUGAUGGACAAGGACGGUGACUCCUCCAAGUCCGAGUCCGAUGUCAAGAAGGAUACCAAGGACGCGGACAAAAAGAGUGAGAAGAAGGGAGAUGACUCGAAGAAAUCGAGUUAA